CACCCACCAAUUGCCUUUAAACACCAAGAAAAAUGGGUGUUUUUACACACAAAUUCCUCUUCUUUUGCUUCGUUUUGUCAUGUUUGAUUCCUAAUUUGGUGUUUGCAGGCAUUACCAGACAUUAUAAGUUUGAAAUUAAGCUGCAAAAUGUGACUCGUUUGUGCCACACCAAGAGCAUGGUGACCGUCAAUGGCAAGUUCCCUGGCCCUCGUAUCGUUGCUAGGGAGGGCGAUCGUCUCCUUAUCGAAGUGGUUAACCAUGUUUCUAACAACAUAUCUAUCCAUUGGCAUGGAAUUAGGCAACUCAGAUCAGGGUGGGCUGAUGGACCAGCUUAUAUCACUCAAUGUCCUAUUCAAACUGGUCAAAGUUAUGUGUAUAAUUACACCAUUAUUGGCCAAAGAGGAACUCUCUUCUGGCAUGCUCAUAUUUCUUGGCUAAGAUCAACACUCUAUGGACCUAUAAUCAUCCUUCCCAAACAUGGAGUUCCUUACCCAUUUGCUAAACCCUACAAGGAGUUCCCGAUCCUCUUCGGGGAAUGGUGGAAUUCCGACACGGAAGCUGUUAUUGCCCAAGCUUUGCAAACGGGUGGAGGUCCUAAUGUAUCAGACGCUUAUACAAUGAACGGUCUCCCUGGACCUUUGUAUAAUUGCUCCACCAAAGAUACAUUAAAGCUGAAAGUGAAGCCGGGAAGAACAUAUCUACUUCGAUUAGUGAAUGCAGCAUUAAACGAUGAAUUGUUCUUCAGCAUAGCAAAUCAUACACUCAAGAUUGUUGAUGUUGAUGCCAUUUAUGUCAAACCCUUUGAAACAAACACUCUUUUGAUAGCGCCAGGACAAACCACAAAUGUUCUUCUUCAAACAAAACCCCAUUAUCCAAACGCCACAUUUUUCAUGCUUGCACGACCAUACGUAACGGGCCAAGGAACAUUCGACAAUUCCACGGUUGCUGGAAUCCUAGAAUAUGAAACAUCUUCAUUAAUUUCCACAAAAAAUCUCCCAAUUUACAAACCAAAUCUUCCACCACUUAAUGACACUUCCUUUGCCACAAAUUUCACCAACAAACUUAGAAGCUUAGCCAACUCCCAAUUUCCAGCCAAUGUUCCUCAAAACAUCGACAAGAAAUUCCUCUUCACGGUCGGGCUUGGGACAAACCCUUGUAACCAAAAGAACCAAACAUGUCAAGGACCAAAUGGAACCAUGUUUGCAGCUUCAAUUAACAACAUAUCCUUUGUAAUGCCUAAUACUGCGCUUCUUCAAGCUCAUUAUUCAGGGCAAUCCAAAGGGGUUUAUAGCCCUUUUUUUCCUAAUCAACCCUUAAUUCCAUUUAAUUACACUGGAAACCCUCCUAAUAACACCAUGGUUGGUAAUGGCACAAAGCUUGAGGUUUUGCCUUUUAAUACAACUGUGGAGCUUAUAUUGCAAGAUACAAGUAUUCUUGGAGCUGAGAGCCAUCCUCUUCAUUUGCAUGGCUUCAAUUUCUUUGUGGUUGGGCAAGGAUUUGGUAACUUUGAUCCUAAUAAAGACCCUCCAAGCUUCAAUCUUGUUGACCCGGUUGAAAGGAACACGGUCGGUGUGCCGGCUGGCGGGUGGGUCGCCAUUCGCUUUCGUGCUGACAAUCCAGGAGUGUGGUUCAUGCAUUGUCACUUAGAGGUGCACACGAGCUGGGGCUUGAAGAUGGCUUGGUUGGUGUUGGAUGGGAAGCUCCCAAAUCAGAAGCUUUUGCCUCCACCAGCUGAUCUUCCUAAAUGUUGAAACCAUAUAAUCCUAAGAUUUCUUGGCUUUUGUUUUUGUUGUGUUUUUUGGUUUUGUCUCGUCUCUUGUUGGGUUUUCUUACGUUGUUUUUGUUUUGUUUGGAGAAUCAUUGUUUUGUCCUUAUGGAUGAGGCUGACAUUUGUGGAAGAAAGAGUGGAAUAGCAAUGGUUUUUUUGCUGUGAUGUACUAAAAUACCAACCAUAUUGCUUCUUGUUCAUUAACAAAGCCAAGUUUUAGUUCAUUCAA